UGCUCGGAGCCUGCUGAAUGAGGCUUAACGUUGUUGGGCCCGGAGUGGGAUUGCGAGCGGGUUGAAAGCCCGGAAUCGGUACCCGGUGCAACGGCCCACUGCGUCCUUCGGGAGCCUACUCCGGUUUAGGGAGCUGUGGGGUGGACGUUGUUGGGUGAAUUUAGAAAGAAGUUUGCAGUGGUGAUGCUCAUGUGCCUCCAUUGCUCUUAUCCUUCAAGGUGAUAGGGUCAUGGGUUUCAAAGGUACAUGUCAAAGGAGUUUUGUAACUACAGCUUGUGAAUAGCAUGGGGGUGAAAACACAACGUCCUCGGUGUUUUUUUGACAUAACUGUCAAUAAUCUGCUUGUAGGCAGAGUUGUCUUCGAAUUGUUUUCAGAUGUGUGUCCAAAGACUUGCGAGAACUUUCGCUGCCUCUGUACAGGUGAAAAAGGGGUUGGAAAAAGUACUCAAAAACCUUUACAUUACAAAGGUUGCCUAUUUCACAGAGUUGUAAAGGAUUUUAUGAUUCAAGGAGGUGACUUCAGUGAAGGAAACGGCCGAGGUGGUGAAUCUAUCUAUGGAGGGUUUUUUGAAGAUGAAAGUUUUGCAGUCAAACACAACAAAGAGUUCCUGUUGUCUAUGGCUAACAGAGGAAAGGAUACUAAUGGUUCACAGUUCUUCAUAACUACUAAGCCUGCCCCUCAUUUAGAUAGUGUACAUGUGGUCUUUGGUCAAGUUAUUUCAGGACAGGAAUUAAUAAGGGAUGUGGAAAACCAGAAGACUGAUGCAAAUAGCAAACCAUAUGCAGAAGUACGAAUCUUAAACUGUGGGGAAUUAAUUCCAAAAUCCAAAGCAAAAAAGGAAGAGAAGAAACGAAAGAAAUCUUCAUCCUCUUCAAGCGAAUCUGAGAGUUCUUCUGACUCAAGCUCAUCCUCCGAAUCAGAAAGUGAAACGGAUGAAGAUUCGAAGAAAAGAAAAAAGAAACAACGUAAGAAGGAAUCCAAAAAACGAAAGAAAGACAAGAAACGAAGAAAGAAAUCCGAAAAGAAAAGUUCAUCAGAUGAAAGUGCAGAAAGUACCACACUGCAGACAGUUGCCACUGUCCGUGCUGAGGACAUUCCCCCUGUUCCAGAGAACAGAUUCUUAAUGCGAAAGAGCCCUCACAAGGCAGAUGAAAAAGAGAAAGAGAGAAAAAAAGAGAGCAAUGUAUCAAAUUCCCAAAUGUCUACAUAUCAAAGAAGACUCCUAGUAACCAGGUCAGGGCGAAAAAUUAAAGGAAGAGGACCACGGCGCUAUCGAACACCUUCAAGAUCAAGGUCUCGGUCCAGAGAUCGAUUUCGGCGCAGUGAAACUCCCCCACACUGGAGACAGGAGAUGCAACGAGCACAAAGAAUGAGGGUUUCAAGUGGAGAACGAUGGAUCAAAGGAGACAAGGGUGAAGUGAAUGAAAAGAAAGAGAACCACAACAAUAGAAGCCCAGACAGAGGGAGAGAGCGAAUAUCUUCAGACUACAAGCCAGACAUAUUGGAUAGUCCGAAAAGGAGCAAAGAAAGGGAUAAAAAAACUGAACGAGAGACUGGGAGGAGUCAUCGAUCUAAAAGUAAAGAAAGAGAACUGAAGAAAACAAACAGAGAUGACAAAUCUGACAAAAGCAAACCUAAAAAGAGAAAUAGAUCAAGGAGUAAAGAAAGAAAUCAAAGCAGAAGCAAAGAUAAGGAAAAACAUGACAAAACUAGAAUCAGGGACAGAGAGCAGAAACCAAACAAAGAAAAGAGAGCAAAUUCAAGAAGCAAAGAUAGGGAGCAUGCAAAGGGCAAAGAGCGGGAUAAACCUGUUAAAUCAACUAAAGAGCAGGGAAGACGUGAAAAAUCUCAAAGCAGAGAACAGAGUAGAAGUAAAGAGAGAGGAAAAUGUGCAAAGUCAAAAUCUAGAACUCACGAUCGAGAAAAGAGUAGCAGUAAAGAGAAGGGGAAACGGUCCAAGUCUCGAAGUAAGGAUCGAGAACAGAACAAUAGCAAAGAGUUGGAGAAACAAACCAAGUCAAAAUCUAGAAGUAGGGACCGAGAACAGAAUAAUGAUAAAGUGUUGGAGAAACAAGUCAAGUCAAAAUCCAGGAGUAAAGAACGGGAGCAAAGUAACGGAAAAGAGGGGGAGAAACAAGCCAAGUCAAAAUCCAGCACACGCGAUCCAGGGGAGAUUAACAAUAAAGCCUGGGAGAAACGAGCCAAGUCACAAUCCAGAAGUAGGGAACGGGAACAGAAUAACAACAAAGGGAAGGGAGAAGAGACCAAUUCAAGGAGUAGGGAUCGAGAACAAAGUAACAGCAAAGGGAGGGGUAAAGAAGCCAAAUCAAGAAGCAGAGAUCGAGAACGGAGUAAGAAUAGAGAGAGAAGAAAACGAGUCAGAUCGAAAUCCAGAAGUAAAGAUCGUAAACAGAGUAAGAGCAGAGAGAGAGCAAAACGGGCCAAAUCGAAAUCUAAAAGUAGAGAAAGAAGUAAAAGCAGGGAACGGGAUAGAAGGGCCAAAUCAAGAUCCAGAAGUCGAGAACAGAGUAAAGACAAAUAUAGAGGGAAAAGGGCCAAAUCCAGAAGUAAAGAUCGGCAUAAAAGUAAAAGUAAGGAAAGAGGACGUCGAGACAAGUCGAGGAGUAGAGAUAGAGUAAAAGACAGAAGUAGAGAAGGAGAAAAGCAUGCAAACUCAAGAAGCAGAGGCAGGGAACAAAAACGUAAGGAAAACUGGAUUAAAUCCAACAGUAAUGACGAGGAACAGGGCAAGAGUAAAGAUCAAGAAAAAAGAGCAAAAUCCAAAAGUAAGGAAAGGGAUAGAAGUCAGAGCAAAGAAGCACGCAGGGACAGAGAUAGAGAACAGAAAAAGAGGGGACGUUCAAAAAGCAAAGACAGAAGAACCCCUGAGAAAGAUAGGUAUGAUAAUUCAAAGAAGGAGCAAAAGUCUAAACAUUCAGGAGAUAAUCCAAAUAAGGAGAAAGAUUUAAAGAAUUCUGAAAAUCAAAAUUCAAAUGGGAAAAUAAUACACAGCAGGGAGGGUGAAAAACCAAAAAGCCAGGGAAGGGAUCAUAGCAGCAGCUCUGAGAGUCUGAAAGAAGAUGAAGAUAGGAAUAAAAAGGAAAAAAGUAGUAGUCCAAGCUUGAAGAGAAAAAGGGGGAGUAGUAAAAGCAAAAUAUCUGAAGAAAAGUCUGCAUUUAGAAGCAGAUUAUGUGAACAUGAUGACAAAAUUAAGAAGUCAAACAGCAGAACAAAAAAUCGGAACCACGAGAAAGAGCAAAACUCAAACUGUGAUUCAUCCCCUAGUUCAGAUGAAGAUAGAAGUGAAUAAAUGUGCUUUAUGGACAAGUGAUCAAUUGCCAAUAAAUGUUUCUGUGAUUUGUUUUUCAGAGAUAUGUUAGGGACAUGUCUUUUAAAUCUGGAUUUCAGUUUGAGUUUGUUUUUUUUUGACAAUCUGCAGCCUGGAUUAUUUGUACUACUGGACUUUUAAUAAAUUUGUAAAGUGUUGCAAAAGAUGAUUUCAUCUAA